UCUCAUUCUCGUAUCCUCACACCUUUCACAUUGAUUUGGUUUUGCAGUCUACUUAUCCUCGAGGGAAAAUCUCCGAUUCAUUUAUCACGACGCACAGGUCUUGUUCAGCCUGAUUUUCAAAGAACUUCGACGCAAGAUAGACAAAACGAACAAAAGAAAUGUCCUCCGCCCCUCCACCACCGGCGCCGGUCGAGACCGCCGCCUUCCUCGAGAUUCGGAAUGCGGCAAAGAGCUGCAUGGUCCAGGUGAACACGCAGGAAGUGGUGAAGAUUGGUGACCUUUCCUCCUGGAAGCUCAUCGAACCCCUCUUCGACGAAGACCAAUUAUUGCCGCCGCUCCACCGGAUUCAGUGGCUGAUUUGCCCGAAAGAAGGAGGUGCAGGGAGUGAAGGGCAGGGCGGGGCUGGUGGUGGUGACGAGGAGGAUAAGAGUGACGACGGCUGCAGCAACUACUGCCCCAGUGGCGAGGAGGAUGAGCCGGCGGUUGAGGAAACUACUGUGCGCGUCGCGGCGAACGAGGAAUUGAUCGACUACGAGGCGUGCUGCGCCUACCAGUUCGUCAUCACGAGUGUGGAGCCGGUGGUGAACUUGGAGCGGCUGCCGGGUGAAACAGAAAGGGACUACGACUGGCGCCUCAGCUAUAUUCUGUUACAAGGGAUGGAAUUAAAUGGCGCUCGAAGCUUCCUGUACGAUCAGAGCUGGCUGGUUCUGUUCGAGGGGGAUUCAGAGGUGGGAGGAGAAGCCGAAAAGAGCAGGGCAGGGGCUUUUUUAUCCCUGCCGCUUGGCACCGCACCAUGGGGUCUCGGUCGUGCCCUGCUCGAGUUACCGGAUGCGGAAGCCGACAAGCAUGAACGCGCGGGGGGCGGUGCCAUUUUCGCGAGGGCGCGUCGGGGCGCGUACGCACAAGAGGUUCUUCACUGGUUCUUUUCAUCUUCGCAGUGGCUCACCGGUGGUGAAGAUCCAGACCCUGAUUUUGUGGUGGCGUCUCAUCUUGCGGCGAAGUCGGUGGAUGUUGGAGCCGGUGAGGCGGCGAAUGCAAUCUACGGGCUUGCCUACAGCGUCAUCACAUCCCACCAGUGGGAGUGGAGCGCCGGCACUGGUGUGGACGACGAUUUUCCGGGCAUGCUUAGCGACGUCGUUGCUCCGGUCGUGCGGACGCUACUGGACGCACUCAAGGCGAAGGGCGAAGAGCACCAGUUUUCUUCGCGGCUGCAGAAGACAAUAGGAUUAGAGGAGAUGUCGAGAUAUUGGAAAACUUUUGUAUCCAGGGACAUCUCCACGCCCUCUGCUCGUUUGGAGGUAUACUUAGUGUUAUGGUUUGUUGACUCAAGUUGUUAAGCUGAUGAUUCCUUCGUCUGUUACGCACUUAAGUGCCAGGCUUUUCAUUUCGCGCCCGAAGCCUAGGAGGUCGAUUGGUGUACUUCGCUCUCAGUUCUAAAUUCGUAUUUGUGCAAAAUUUUUUUUUCGUCGGUAAUCACUCGUACUCUUGUUUAUACAGUGCCGCGAGGACCUGGACCGGCGCCAAUGGUGGAGGCCGUUGAUAAAGAAGCUCCCUUGUUUCCCGGUUGCAUCAAUCUGCCUGCGAUUGGUCGACAAGGAAGCCAAAGCCCUCCAGCUGGACCUUGGCUUUGCGACGGAAAUUGCAGCAUACCAACAAAUUAUAGGAAAUUGUAGGGAGAUGACCUUUUUGCGGGCCUUGGAGCGAUGCGGGGUCGCGGCGGAAAUUAAGGCGAUGAUCGCUGAGAAUAAUCUGCCUUGCACGCUCGAGGAGAUUGUCGCGAGAGGUUGGCCAGGGAAGGCGAAGUUGAUGAGGAGAUCAUUGGCGAGGUUACGCGAGAUGGAUGAUUAACCGAGGUUGCUACCUGGAUCGAUCUCGUGAAGAGAACCAGUGCUGCACUGGUUUCCAAAAUAACAAAACCUAUUUCUUAUUCCUUUUUCUGGUCCGGUCCCUUUGAUGUCGCAGGCUCCUGAUUCCGUUCAGCGUUUCGUGAUGAAAGAAGGUCAGUAGGACACAAUUCGAUCCAGUGGGAGAAUCUGAAAGACACACGGAGAAUGAGUUUUAAUCAACUUCUGUAGACAAAGCCCGUGCUUUUUGUAGAACAGUGAUAAUGUGAUGCCGUCCUGUGACUGGGCGAAGCUAAGGCUGGGAAGCUUGACAGCACAGU